AGUAGUGAGUGCAAAUUUCACUUUGGUAAAAUCUCUUUGUGGAGAUGUACGAAGUAAACCCGCGGGGGAAAACUUUACUGUCACCAUAACGGCAAACGACAUAACCAUUUUAUUUUAACCAUAAAUAAUAAUGCAGCGUGAAACUAGGAUGAAACGAGAGUUGAAAAUGAUGGAAAAUGAUCCUUCUCCGGGAAUUUCAUGUUGGAUGAUAGAAGAUCGUAUUGACUACUUGCAAGCCAAUAUUGUUGGAAGCGAAGAUACACCAUAUGUUGGUGGCAUAUUUAAACUUGAUAUUCUCAUUCCUGAAAGGUAUCCAUUUGAACCUCCAAAAGUAAAGUUUAUCACUCCCAUUUAUCAUCCAAAUAUUGAUAAUUCUGGUCGUAUUUGCCUGGAUGUGUUAAAAAUGCCUCCUAAGGGUGCUUGGAAACCAUCUUGGAAUGUUUCAACUGUUUUAAAAUCAAUUCAAUCUUUAAUGGCUGAACCAAAUCCUGAAGAUCCACUUAUGGGAGAAAUUUCAGAACAGUUCAAGUACCACAGACAGGAUUUCAAUCGUAAAGCAAUAGAAUGGACAAAGAAACAUGCAAUACUGCCUAAAAAAGGAGCAGUUCUUGUGGAUAAAACAAACACUGAUGAAUGCAAGGCACCUGUAUUGCUUGAUAAAAAAAGACAGGCUGAUGAAAUUUCCACAUCACCCAAAAAGGUCAUGAAAUUUUCAAAUUAAUUUUUUAUAGUUAUGUAUUACAACCUAGCUAAGAUGGUAUUUUGUAGAUUCAGUUGUGUAAUAAAUUUUUUCACGUGCUCAAUGUUACAUAAAAUAAGUAUGAUGCUUUAGUAAAUAUUUCUCAAAUAUUCUUUGUUUAAAAACAUAUAGUAUUUCUAUACUACCUUAUCAUUGCUUUUUCAUAGACAAGAAACUCAGUGUUAAUAUAUCAAAAUGCAAUUUUGCGAUGA